AUGCUGCCCCGCCGCGCCCCGGCGCCCGGUGCGCAGCUGCUGCCCGCGCCCGCCCUGCUGCUGCUGCUGCUGCUCGGCGCGGGGUCCCGCAGCGGCUGUCUGGCUAGCCCGGUGCCCGCCGCGUCCUUGUCCGUGUCGGGGCCGUGCGGCGCACAGCCCUGCCGGAACGGGGGUGUGUGCACCCCGCGCCCCGCGCCCGGCCCGCAGUCCCCGGCCGCCGCCGGCGACCCUGGCUACAGCUGCACCUGCCCCGCCGGGAUCUCUGGCGCCAACUGCCAGCUUGUUGCGGAUCCUUGCGCCAGCAACCCGUGUCACCAUGGCAACUGCAGCAGUAGCAACAGCAGCGAUGGCUACCUCUGCAUUUGCAAUGAAGGCUAUGAAGGUCCAAUCUGUGAACAGGCACUUCCCAGUGUCCCCGCCUCUGGCUGGACGGAGUCCAUGGCACCCAGACAGCUUCAGCCUGUCCCCACCACCCAGGAGCCUGACAUAAUCCUGCCCCGCUCUCAGGCCACCAUCACCCUGCCAACGUGGCAGCCGAAAACUGGGCAAAAAGUUGUAGAAAUGAAAUGGGAUCAAGUGGAGGUGAUUCCAGAUAUUGCCUGUGGGAAUGCCAGUUCUAACAGCUCUGCGGGUGGCCGUCUGGUGUCCUUCGAAGUGCCACAGAACACUUCAGUCAAAAUUCGUCAAGAUGCCACUGCCUCACUGAUUUUGCUGUGGAAGGUCACGGCCACGGGAUUUCAACAGUGCUCCCUCAUAGAUGGACGGAGCGUGACCCUCCUCCAGACUCCCGGGGGCCUCGUCCUCUUGGAGGAGAUGCUUGCCUUGGGGCACAAUCACUUUAUCGGUUUUGUGAAUGAUUCUGUUACUAAAUCUAUCGUGGCUUUGCGCUUGACUCUGGUGGUGAAGGCCAGCACCUGUGCACCAGGAGAGAGCCACGCAAACGACUUGGAGUGCUCGGCAAGAGGAAGAUGUACCACGAAGCCAUCAGAGGCAACUUUUUCUUGUAACUGUGAUGAUCAGUACACGGGUACUUUCUGUGAAGAAUUUGACGCCUGCCAGAGGAAACCCUGCCAGAACAAUGCGAGCUGUGUUGAUGCGACUGAAAAGCAAGAUGGGGGCAACUUCACCUGUGUUUGCCUUGCUGGUUAUACUGGAGAGCUUUGCCAAUCCAAGAUUGACUAUUGUAUCCUAGACCCAUGCAGAAAUGGAGCAACCUGCAUUUCUAAUCUCAGUGGAUUCACCUGCCAGUGUCCAGAAGGCUACCUGGGCUCUGCCUGCGAGGAGAAGGUGGACCCAUGCGCCUCGGGGCCCUGCCAGAACAACGGGACCUGCUACGCCGACGGCCUGCACUUCGGCUGCAGCUGCAGCGCGGGCUUCACGGGCCCAGCCUGCGCGCAGCUCGUGGACUUCUGUGCGCUCAGCCCCUGCUCCCAUGGCACAUGCCGCAGCGUGGGCACCAGCUAUAAAUGCCUCUGUGACCCAGGCUACCAUGGCCUCUACUGUGAGGAGGAAUACGACGAGUGCCUCUCUGCCCCGUGCCUGAACGCCGCCACCUGCAGGGACCUCGUCAACGGCUAUGAGUGCGUGUGCCUGGCAGAGUACAAAGGAAUCCACUGUGAAUCCUACAAGGACCCCUGUGCUAACGUCAGCUGUCUGAACGGAGGCACCUGUGACAGUGAAGGCCUAAAUGGCACAUGUGUCUGCGCACCCGGGUUUACAGGUGAAGAGUGUGACAUCGACAUCAAUGAAUGUGACAGUAACCCCUGCCAUCACGCCGGUACCUGCCUGGACCAGCCCAAUGGUUAUACAUGCCACUGCCCACGUGGCUGGGUGGGAGCAAACUGUGAAAUCCACCUCCAGUGGAAGUCCGGGCACAUGGCGGAGAGUCUCACCAACAUGCCCCGGCACUCCCUCUACAUCAUCAUCGGCGCCCUCUGCGUCGCCUUCAUCCUGAUGCUCAUCAUCCUGAUUGUGGGGAUUUGCCGCAUCAGCCGCAUCGAGUACCAGGGCUCUUCCAGGCCGGCCUACGAGGAGUUCUAUAACUGCCGCAGCAUCGACAGCGAGUUCAGCAAUGCCAUCGCCUCCAUCCGGCAUGCCAGGUUUGGAAAGAAAUCCCGGCCUGCGAUGUAUGAUGUGACCCCCAUCGCCUAUGAGGAUUACAGCCCCGAUGACAAGCCCUUGGUCACACUGAUUAAAACAAAAGAUUUGUAA